AUAAAAUAGUAUCUAUCGAUAUCACGAACAUAAACAUUAGAAAAUGUAUUGCUUGGAACAACCACAGUGUAAAUAUCAGGAUUAUAGUCUAAAGUGUUCAUCUGGUGCUGGACCACCAUUUAAUACCCGGUAUCCAGCAUACAGGGACGACAAAACGAGAUUACUGUCGUUUAAUGACGCUCCCCUUGAACUCCAUAAAAUGGCGAAGGUUUUAUCCAAUGCCGGGUACUAUUAUGAAGGAUACAACACUAAAACUUCUUGUUUCGCGUGUGGUGUUCAAAGAGACAAUUGGUCAGAGUGGGACAACGCUUUGGAAGAACAUUUUAAAGACAAUGCAAUGUGUUGGCACGUGUUAUUGAUGAGAAAAAAGUUUGAGUUGGAAAAUCGCGCUCGUGAACCUUCCCAUAGUGUUAAAAAAUUAAUUUCCACUGCUCGACAUCCUGAAUACGCAUCGGAAUCAUUACGCACAGCUUCUUUUCAAGACUGUAAAACUUCUUUGAAACAAAAGGGUUCAGAACUUGCAAAAUCUGGAAUGUACUACAAAGGUUUUGAAAACAAAGUGCAAUGUUUCCAUUGUGGAGUUGUCAUGUCCGUGGACAUGAAUGACGACCCAACAGAAAUACACUCACGUUCAUCUCCAGAUUGUGAGUUUCUUCGUUAUGAAGUACAGACAUUGACUGAAGACGCGGAUAGAAUUAGAAAUCAAUUACUCUGUAAAGUCUGUCUUAGUUCUCAAGUAAUGGUCACAUUCCGACCAUGUGGUCAUCUGGCCACGUGUCAAGCAUGCGCAGAUCAAUUACAGUCCUGUCCUAUUUGUAGGACGACUAUUUCUGAUAAAGUGAAAACAUACUUUUAAUUAUUUUAAAUUGAU